AUCUGCGUCAUGAAAUCAAAAUCGGCAGAUCCCGGCUGUAGUUUGUAUGACGUAGUUCUUGUAGGCUUGACCAAUGACUACAUCCACAUGCAUUUGUUCCUUGGAUAAGCAACUCAUUUUUAUUCAUACAUGACCCAUGUGUUGUUUAAACUAGUAGCAAGAAGGGCUGAGCAUGUUUCCAUCAGUUGUACUUAUUUGUUUCUCGCGAAGUUCCUGCACACAUACAGCAAAGGUCUAAUCAAAAACGUCAAAAAUAUCAUGGGGAACAAAAGUAAGGAAGAGGAGGCGAAGGACGAUGUCCGAAAGGACUACUGGGAGAUUCUGCGGGCAGGCAAGAAGCGGGAGGACCAAGGAGGCGGACAGCACAGUAGUGACGAUGAAGACGCGCGACAACGAAAAGAGCGGCUGCAUGAAGCGCACCGGAAAAAGCUCGACGAGGAGCGGGACAGGAGACUGGAGCGGCAGACACUGGAAACAUUAAAGCAAACGAAGAAGAUAUCCCACGAAAAAGCUGUUCAACUGUGAUGAUUUUGCAAGAUCUGCAGCACAAGACUGCCACGUAUGUAUAUGUGGGCACAGAAUGGCUGCCAUGCCCGCUUCCCAAGGGAAAACACGCUUCAAGAUCCAAUGUCUUGCAGGUGUAGUCGUAGCAAGAGAGAUAGUUCUGUUCUCUAUUCCUUUAUUGCUAUGCAUCACACGUUCACAAACACAAACACAAUGGAGCAGUUAUUUCAUGCGAUAGAAGAUGAUGGCGUCUUCCCCCGGCUCGGAUUCGGACUCCGAGGUGCCCUUUUGGAUGAUGGACAGCUCCAUUCGGGCGGCCCAACAGGAAAAGCUGAAGCGGGAAAAACAAAAAGAAAAAAAGAAAAAAUCGAAAAAGGAGAAGAAAAAGGACAAAAAGAAAAGGAAAAAGGAAGCUGUGCGGAAAAAGGAAGACAAAAACAAAAAAAAGUCAAAAAAAGAGAGGAAAAAGCCAAAAAAGAAAAAGCGCCACUCCUCCAGUAGCGAAAGCGAUUCUUCCGAAAGCGAAUCCUUAUCCUUGUCAUAGAGACGAUUUGUAUGCGUGGCUUUUUGCGCUGCCGUGUCGCCUGUUGUUGUCGAUGGACGCUACCAAAAAGAAAGAUUGCGAUCACGUUCACGACCUCAAAUGCAGCAGCUCCCGGGCAUUGAUAUGAUUACUCAAGCACAGUGCGAGUGUUCAUCCCCAUGGCACUUCCUCUGAGUAAAUAUUGUGCACGAAUGACAGUGUUCUCAGCAACUGCAACAUCUUCUGAGACUGGAGAAGACGAGGCGGCCGCGACGACGAGUUGUUUUCAAACGACGAGAUUUUUGUUCUGCAUCGUUUUCUACUGCGUGCGCUUGAAGAUGAAAGCUACUGCGUUUUCGCAAAAGCUACAUGAUGUAAGUUCGUGGUUCGUUGCGUGCUGGAGAACCAUCGAUACUGACA